CAAACUUUCUUUGUCUAGUGGAAAAAUACAGUGAUAAUGACCGCUUAUUGGACACUGGAGAUGUAGCUCUAAGCGCUUUCUUGAAAGUACUUCAAGAUGGUGUUCAGGGUCCAACUAUUUCUCCUGACGUUGUUUGGGGUCUUCAGUUUGUGCCCAGCUGACGGCAACUACACAUACUUCAACGUGUCUGGUUGUAUGGCAUUCUUCUCCCGUUCGAUAUCAGUUAAGUUCGUAAUCGGAAAAGUAGUAACUAUUAUACCCAUUUCACCAAGCUCUAUGUCACUGUCUUCGCUAAGUGAGUGCACAGACACUAGCUCAGUGCUUGCCUUUACCGCCAAAGCAAACGGCAUACAAGACUUGGAUAUUAGUUUGCGCUUUACCAAGUCUGGUCGUUACUGGAGUGUAUCUGAAUCAUCUGUGAAUAUAACAUGUCAAUCAGAAUCAGAUUCUUGUGUUAACGUAACUGGAUAUCCCUUAAACAUUCGAUGGGCAGAAGCUCCAAUUGGACUUGGUUACAAAUGCACGAAACCUCCUGUUGCACCUGUCCUUCUACCUGCAGGUUCCGAUAGAUCUGUAUCUGUCCAGUUUUACAGCGUUCAGAUUGAACCAUUUGGUGUAAAGGAUGGCGUAUUUGGUGAUGUAUCUGAUUGCGUUGGAUACUUUAGUAUUGGUGUUUGGUCGUCGUUGAUCGUUUCUAUCCUUCUGGUUUCUAUUUUGACUUACGGUCUUGUUAUGCUAGCAUCUAUUCAACCCAGUGAAAUAUAUGAAGAUCCUAAAAAGAAAAUGAUUCAGUUGGGUGCAGACAACUAAAAAGGGUGCGUUCAAGAAUUAUAGGUCGAAAACCUUACGUGGUAAAAGUUUUCAUCCAACUUAGAACACCAUUCUGUUUAUCUUAAAGCAUUAUUCUUGUGUUUGUGUGCACAAGUAGCACUUAUUUAACUUCCACAUUCCCUGACUCGUGUGUUUAUAACAAUUAUUCACUGUUAAAAUGAUGUAUCGCUGUCGAGUGCUUGAUUGAAUCAAAAAUGAACUAAGCGGAGUUUUAUUCUUUUGUGAUAUUUGUGUGGAUAUUCGACUUUGAUUUUUAAAGUUUUUUUGUAUAGUAGAGUACUAUUUAUAACAAACAUAAUGCAUAAUAUUGCGUUGAAAAACCGUAAUUUAUUUAAAAAAUAGUUCAGUUUGCUUA